CAUCCCUGGGCACAGGGGUGCCAAAAGGGCUCGGAAGUGGCAGAGCUGGUCCCCAGGGGUGCUCCGCUCUCCGGCUCCUCAUCUCCCUGCACGAGACACUCAAUUCUCGGACGAGGAGGAUCAGGAAGGGAACGAAAGCAGAAGGUGGAUGCAAAGGGCUGAGCGAGCAGGCGGGUAUUGGAAAUUUGACUGAAGUCUACCUAUCAUGCACUGGAGAAGACUAAAGGUGACCUAAAAUUUCCCAGGAGCCCCAUUCUCUGCUGGAAUUAGUGGACUGGUCUCCUCUGAGCUGGGCAGCUGAAGAUGAGGUUGCUGUGGGAGCUGCUGGUGCUGCAGUCGCUCAUGGUGUGCCUUGCAGAUGAGAACACACUGCAUGGGCCAGUUUUCCUUCAGGAACCCAACAGCCUGAUCUUCCCUUUGGAUUCAGAGGAAAAGGAAGUGGAGCUGAGCUGUGAAGUGAAAGGAAAUCCCAGACCAACCAUUGGGUGGAAGUUAAAUGGGAGCAGCAUUGACGUGGGGAUGGAUUUCCACUACAGGCUGGUGAAAGGCAACCUGCUGAUCAAUAAUCCCAAUAAAACCCAGGAUACUGGAACAUACCAGUGUGUAGCAACAAACCCGUUUGGAACCAUUGUCAGCAGAGAAGCAAAGCUUCAGUUUGCCUACCUGGAGAACUUCAAGACCAGGACAAGGAGCACGGUGUCUGUGCGCCAGGGCCAGGGCAUGGUGCUGCUGUGCGGGCCCCCACCCCACUCGGGAGAGCUCACCUAUGCUUGGAUCUUCAACGAGUACCCGACCUUCGUGCACCAGGACAACCGGCGCUUCGUGUCGCAGGAGACGGGCAACCUCUACAUCGCCAAGGUGGAGGCCUCAGACGUGGGCAACUACACCUGUGUGGUGACCAACACCGUGACCAACAGCAAGGUCCUGGGCCCCCCCACCCCCCUCAUCCUCAGGAACGACGGGGUGAUGGGAGAGUAUGAGCCAAAAAUAGAAGUGCAGUUCCCAGAAACGGUUCCAUCUGCAAAAGGAACAACGGUGAAACUGGAGUGCUUUGCCUUGGGGAACCCAGUUCCUACAAUCAGCUGGAGGAGGGCAGAUGGGAAACAGAUCCCCAGGAAGGCCAGGAGGCACAGGUCGAGUGGACUCCUCGAAAUCCCAAAUUUUCAGCAGGAAGACGCUGGACUGUAUGAAUGUGUGGCUGAAAACGUGAGAGGGAAGAACGUGGCACGAGGACAGCUGACAUUUUAUGCUCAGCCCAGCUGGAUCCAGGAGAUCAGUGAUGUCCACGCAGCCAUAGAGGAACGUGUGUCCUGGGAAUGCCGGGCCGGCGGGAGACCCAAGCCCUCGUACCACUGGCUGAAGGAUGGGGAGCCUCUGCUGGCCCAGGGCAGAGUUCAGCUGGAGCAGGGCUCCCUCACCAUCACCAACGUCAGCCUGUCGGAUGCUGGGAUGUAUCAGUGUGUGGCAGAGAACAGACAUGGUACCAUUUUCACCAGUGCAGAGCUCAGUGUCAUAGCCAUUGGUCCAGAUUUCUCCAAAACAGUCCUGAAAAAGUUAACUCUCGUGAAAGUGGGUGGUGAAGUCAUCAUUGAGUGUAAGCCCAAAGCUUCCCCCAGACCUACUUAUUCUUGGAAGAAAGGAAAAGACAUCCUGAGAGAAAAUGAGAGGAUCACCAUCCUGGAUGACGGGAGCCUCCGGAUCGUCAACGUCACCAAAUCCGACGCGGGAAGUUACACCUGCGUGGCCACCAACCACUUUGGGACGGCGAGCAGCACGGGCAGCCUGGUGGUGAAAGAUCCAACCCGGGUCAUGGUGUCACCUUUCAGCAUGGAUGUCACCGUUGGGGAGAGCAUUGUCCUGCCAUGCCAGGUCUCUCACGACCACUCCCUGGAUAUCAUGUUCACCUGGUCAUUUAAUGGGCACCUGAUAGACUUUGAGAAGGAUGGGGAUCACUUUGAAAGAGUGGGAGGGCAGGAUUCAGCUGGUGAUUUGAUGAUCAGAAGCAUCCAGCUGAAGCACGCAGGGAAAUACGUCUGCAUGGUGCAAACAAGUGUGGACAAGCUCUCGGCUGCUGCAGACCUGAUUGUAAGAGGUCCCCCCGGCCCCCCUGAGGCCGUGACGAUCGACGAGGUGACGGACACCACGGCCCAGCUGUCCUGGAGGCCGGGGGCUGACAACCACAGCCCCAUCACCAUGUACGUGGUGCAAGCAAGGACCCCCUUCUCGGUGGGCUGGCAGGCAGUGAGCACAGUUCCAGAGGUCAUCGAUGGCAGGACGUUCACAGCCACAGUGGUGGGGCUGAACCCUUGGGUGGAGUACGAAUUCCGAGUGGUGGCUGCCAACCUGAUCGGGAUCGGGGAGCCCAGCAGACCCUCAGAGAAGAGAAGAACUGAAGAAGCUCUUCCUGAAGUGACCCCAGCUAAUGUCAGUGGAGGUGGAGGGAGCAAGUCUGAGCUGGUCAUUACCUGGGAGACGGUGCCCGAGGAGCUGCAGAACGGGGGUGGCUUUGGCUACGUGGUGGCGUUCCGGCCCUUCGGCACCGUCAGCUGGAUGCAGACGGUCGUGGCCUCCCCCGAUGCCUCCAGAUACGUGUUCAGGAACGAGACCCUGCCGCCCUUCUCGCCCUACGAGGUCAAGGUCGGGGUGUACAACAACAAGGGCGAAGGGUCCUUCAGCCCCGUCACCGUCGUCUACUCCGCAGAGGAAGAGCCAACGAGAGCCCCAACCACUGUUUUGGCCAGAAGUCUUUCUGCCUCAGACGUUGAAGUUUCGUGGGCUCCCCCUUGGGAGAACCAGCACAAAGGAAGGAUACAGGGAUAUGAGGUCAGGUGUUGGCGACACGACGAGAAGGAAGAAAACGCCAAAAGGAUUCGGACAGUCGGCAACCAAACCUCUACAAAGGUCGGCAACCUGAGGGGCAAUGCCCUGUACCACCUGGCAGUCAGGGCCUACAACACGGCUGGCACCGGCCCCUCCAGCGCCCCCGUCAACGUCACCACCAAAAAGCCACCACCGAGUCAACCCCCCGGGAACAUCAUGUGGAAUUCAUCUGACUCCAAGAUCAUCCUGAACUGGGACCAGGUCAAAGCACUGGACAACGAGUCAGAAGUGAGAGGCUACAAAGUGUUGUACAGGUGGAACAGGCAGAGCAGCACAUCUGUGAUAGAAACCAAUAAAACCUCCGUGGAGCUGUCCCUGCCCCUGGACGAGGAUUAUAUCAUCGAGAUCCGGCCCGUCAGCGAUGGUGGCGACGGCAGCAGCAGCGAACAGAUCCGAAUCCCAAAGAUCUCGAGUAAGGACGCCCGAGGCUCCGGCUCGUCGACGUCCAGCGCCUGCACGCUGUCAGCCAUCAGCACGAUAAUGAUCUCGCUCACAGCCCGCUCCAGUUUAUGACAAAAAUGACACCCAGGACUUCUGGUUUAUAAUAUAAGCAACAUUUAGCUAGUUGUUUUGAAGACACCCAGUACUAAGUAAUAUUGUGGUUUGAGUACAUCUUACUACUGGAAACAAAAAAAAAUGUUUAUGCUUCUUUAGGAAUGGCAUUAUACAGUACUUCCUCAAAGCAAAUAUAGCUUUGUCUGAAGUUUCCUUGGAAACUCUGCAAUGCACUGAAAACAUCUGUAAUAUGAUGUUACCAAAGCAGUUUACAUAUGUCCUUAUAUGCAUAUUUUUUAUUAUAUAUUUAGUGUUUUAUAGAAUUUUUUAAAGUUAACAUAUGAUGUAGAUAUUAAUUUUUUUCCUCUGCUAUAAAACGCUACGGACGACAUAAUCAUGGAAAUAUUGUUUGGAAUUUUUUCCUUUAUGACGGAGAGCUCAAAGUUGUUCUUAGUAAAUUGGCUGCCAGUUCACUGUACAGUUUUACAAGGCCACUCAAGGCAGGACCGACCCAGACCCCGUUUCUAACGCGGCUGAAUUUCGUGGCAGUUCCAGUGACUCUGGUGUUCAACCAAGUGCUUCUGACACGCAAGGUGGUGGGUUUGACUCAGAGGUCGAAGCAAGACAAACUUGAAAUACUCAGAAUGUCAUAAUGUUGCAAAACCCCAGGAAUUUUGGUUGGUUGUGGACUACAGGACACGCAGCGACUGCUCUGGCACCGUGCGGUGAGGGGCCGUUCCUGCUGCCCUGACAGAGCUCUGGCUUCAUCCCAGUCAGCUUCCAAUUGGGAAGGGAUGAAGGGACUGCAGAGAUGGGAUCUCUGCCUCCAGGGACACGAAGGACCGGGUGAACCCGGCCCAGCCCACCUCGGUUUGGUGGGUUUGGGGAUUUCAUCCCAAGGAAACAGAGCCCAGCGACUCUGAGACACAAAACUGCUCCAGGCUCGUCGCCUUUGGAACUCUACUCAUCAUCCAUCGGAAUUCCGCCCGUGCAUUGGAACACAACUCCUCAUCCAUGGAAAUUCUGCCCAUGCAUUGGAACACAACUCCUCAUCCAUGGAAAUUCUGCCCGUGCAUUGGAACACAACUCCUCAUCCAUGGAAAUUCCGCCCGUGCAUUGGAACACAACUCCUCAUCCAUGGAAAUUCUGCCUGUGCAUUGGAACACAACUCCUCAUCCAUCAGAAUUCUGCCCAUGCAUUGGAACACAACUCCUCAUCCAUCGGAAUUCUGCCUUGCAUUGGAACACAACUCCUCACCCAUGGGAAUUCCACGAUGGACAGCGCUUAGGAAGGUUGCUCUUGUCCAAGGGGAGGUGGGAUCUCCUGGAGGUCUCUGUAGGAAGUUUGCCUUUCUCUAGAAACUCUUCACAGAGGCCUGCAGGUGACAGAGUCCCACUGGAAAACUACAAUAUCCACAUGGAAUAACUCUUCUUGAGGGAAGGACUGUUUGCUACUACAGGGGAAUUUUGUAAGUUCGCUCAGAUGGGAAAACGCUGGUCAAAGGCAACAGAAUUUUCUAUACAAUUUUCAAGUUGAAAUGCGCUGCAGUGGUAUAUUUUAUUUAUUUUUUUUUCCUGAUAGCUUGAAUUUGCCUGUAACUUGUCUUUUUUUGCUUACAAAAUACUACAGUUAACUUUUAGACCUUCUAAAUAUAUUUAUUCAGUAACUCAUAAUCAGGAUUCCACUUGUGUAAAAGUCAGGGGUGUUGACCAGAGAAAUAUUGUCAGUAUUUCAAGCUGUGUUCCUUUCUUAGUUUGAUAUGGUUACUUCUAUGUAAAGAAAAAAAAAAAAAUAAAAUAAGAAAACCCAAAAAAACCACAAAACCAAGAAAAAUGAAGUUUAAAAAAAAAAAAAGCUGCUGUAGUUUUCUCCCCAGUGUAAAUGAUAUUUAUCAGUGAUCUAGCAGAUGUAAUCUUUUUUUAAAGGUAUUGGUAAUAAAUAUUCUGUCAUUUGUAAAGA